UAAUGGCAGAUAAAUUGUUAUUUGGAUAUUGGGGAAUCAGAGGACUUGGUUAACCAUGUAUGAAAUCAUACUUAUUUUAGUGAGAUACUAUUUGGAAUACCUUGGUUUACCAUUUGAAGAAAAAAGAUACGUGAAACCUGAAGAAUGGUUUGGCGAAGUUGCUUAACCUCCACUUAAUAAUGAAGUACUUGUGAACUUGCCUUACGUUAAAGAUGGAGACAAAUGGGUUUUCGAAAGUGGUGCUCUUUAUGUUUAUUUGGCACACAAAGCUAAUAGAGCUGAUUUAUUAGGAUCAACUCCAGAUGAAUAAGUGGCUCUCGCUCAGACAAAGGGAGUACUCUAAGAUUUAUUGAAAGUUUUUUUCACAUUAAUUACUUUAACAGAAGAAGAAUAUGCUGCAAAGAAAGAUGAAUACUUCAAAACAGAAAUUCUUUGGCUUAUUGAAAAAUUGAAUGCUUUCUUGGCAGGAAAAACAUGGGCAUCAGGAAAUAAUAUCACUUAUGUUGAUUUCCAACUUUUUGAAAUUGAAGAAACUUUAAAGGCAUUCAAUGCAGAUGUCUUCAAUUCAUAAGCAAACAUAAAGAAACAUCAUGAUGAAUUUUCCAAUCUUCCUUAGAUCAAGGCUUAUUUGGCAUCAGAAAGAUUUAUAGCAGGACCAUUCUACCCACCAGGAAGAUUCAGAUGGGGUUGAUU